AGGUGAAGGACUGAACAGCUGGAUGUGAACCUGUGAGAGGAGUGAGGUGUCUGACGAGGACCAUCUGCAGGAGUUUUCACAGCCUCUCCGCUUCCAAAGCCCAGGCUCCACACCAGCCAUUCCUACCACUUCCCCACUAGUGGACUUUCUUUGUUUUGGAUCAAAGUUUCAGACCUCUUAUCAUCUGAUUUUUUUCUUUCUUUCUUUUUUUUUUUUACGUGAGACCAAAUCCAGAAGCCUACCUGACUGUGUUAAAAAAAUAAGCAAAAAAAACAAAAGUAAAUCCAAAUCCUCACAUAGUUGAUUUCCACGCCGUUUGCUGGCUUAAGGAUCAGCUGUUCCGCUCCCCUGCGCCCCUCCCUGCAUUAGUCGCAUCGCCUCUACCUUAAACGUUUCUAUGCGUAAUCUCGGCUCAGUCUUUGCUGCUCGUGACGCCGGAACAGACCAUGAUCAGUGCAUUACUGCUUCAAAGUGCUUUACUAACAAAUCCUCCGGCUGAUGCGAGGGGGGACGCGCGUGGCGAGCAGUGAUAGCGCCCCGAUGCCGUCCGAGCGUUCCAGCGGGAUGGCGUUUGACUGACGGGCGAUGCCAGCCGCCGCCGCGCCGAUAGACGGGCGCCGCCGCUACUUCUGCUGCUAUCAAAGGCUUAAAGGCGCUCCGUCCCUGCAGCCCGCGCCCUGAAACACUGUCGACACUUUGCCUAUCUCCUUCUUCCAGCUGUUUGCGUUCCAGGCCUGCCGCCCGUCGCCCCCUUUUGCCUGCCCCCGCUGACCUUUUGCGUUCUUCCGCGCCCUCUGCUGAAAUCGUGAAACUCCGUCCCGUUUUUCGCUAAAAGGAGACCAAAUUUGGAAAGAAAAGAGAGAGAAGCAAACCCAACCUAAAGCCAUACCGAACACCAGCCAUACAGACCGCUUAGCUCCUCCUCCUCCUCCUCACGCCGGCGCGCACACGCAUUCAGGGAACCAGUGAGGACGCCUUCAGACGAGGGGAGGCGUUCUGUCUCUGCGGUUUUGAUCCGUGCAGCUCUCGUCCUCGGCCCGUUUUCCCCCCUGCGCUGACGGAUGAAUCCGGACAUUUUCAUGUCUGUUCUGCGGGCAGAACCUCGCUGCCCUGCUCGAACCGGGCCCAAGCCCUCCUUCGUUCUCUUCUGUUGGGCCAAGCUAAACUCCGAGCAAAGACACUCGCGCGAGGGGAUCGUACGCACACAGACCCGCUAACCGUCCAGAAGUCUCUUUCUGAGCUCGGUCACCAGCUCGCUGCUCCAGAUGACUCCUCUGUGAAUGCCUUUGCCUGCUCGUCUGAUGUCCCCGUCCCCUCUGGGGGAGCUUUUGUGUUAGUUUGUCAAACUCAUGGCCCCCAACGUUUAACUCGCACUAUUAUUUAAACCAAACUUUAAGCAUCUUGACCUUUACCGAGUCUCUUCCCGUAAGACCUUUGAUGCAAGUUCCCCCUUCAAGCUCGUGCCAAACAGACUUCCCUUCAGCUGGUUCACCGAACAAAGCCGAGAUCAUCAUCUGACUCCAGAAGCUUUGCUUUGUGUCAGCCAUCGGUCUCCCAUACAGGACAACAGAAGUGCCGAACUCCCCGACAACACUGAGCAUCUGCUCAGGCUCAUCAAGCAUACGACGCAAAGUUUACACACAGCGCUAAAUGUUUACAGACCACACUUUCCGCGCCGCAGUUUCUUAGGCGAAUCGUAACGACCGUGCCAAGCGCAGCUCUCAGAACAGCUCUGCCAGAAAUAGAAGUCUCUCCUCUGCAGAUAUUUAGAGUUUACAGUUCUCUCAAACUCAUAUUGUUUACAGACACCGUCAAAAUACUGCCAAUAUUAGAGAUUCAGAAUUUUGGCCAAGGACCCUAAAAAGAUUAGUAAUCAAAUAAACUCUCCACCAGAGCCUGUGUGCAGGUGACCCAGAGCAGGUUAUUACAUCACGCUUCAUAUAGGGCCUCAAACCGCUUCAAGACCUCAGUGUUUACACAAGCUGCUUAUGGAGAGGUUUGUAUUCAGAGAAAUGUUUACAUUCAGAUGAAGGAGUGCGAUGCCAAACCAGUUCAUGGAACAGCUGCUGAACUCCAGGGCACACCCAUGUACCUGAGCCCAGGAGGGAAUCUCCCAUCCCACUGAAGUAGAAGCUUUUUAGAAGCGAAGAGGCCUCCUCUCAGAGAAAGACCCCGAUAAGGAACUGUUUGCGUACUUUUUUUAUUUUUUAUUUCAAAAGCAGCUUGAGGCCAGAACAAUGAAGCCUUCUGUUUCCAGAGGGGUGCUUUCUUGGCCCCCCCUCUUCCUGCUGUUCUCCUGCCUGGCUGCCCCCACGCUGACCGUGGAGGCAGACCGUGGUAGGAGCUCCGCUAGUGGGAAAAGCGGCGCCACCCUGUUCCUCCUGACCGGCUACAAGCCGCCGCUGCCUGGAGGACCCAAAGUGGCGCCAAAAGCAGCCGAGAUGGAGGACGCGGACGACCCCCCCGCCGUGGCCGAACUGCCCCCAAAGCCCCUCCCUCAGACCAUGUUGCCAAGGAACAUGACGGCCGACGCCCUGAAGCCUCCGCUGGGCGCCGCCCAGGUGGCUCCUCCUCCCAGACAGCUGGUGGAUGUGGACGUUUGCAGGGGUUACUUUGACGUGAUGGGCCACUUCGACAGCACCUUCAACUGCUCCCAGGGGAGUUACAUCUACUGCUGCGGCACCUGCCACUAUCGCUUCUGCUGCGAGCACCAGAGGGACCGGCUGGACCAGGAGGCCUGCAACAACUACAAGUCCCCCGUGUGGGCCGACCCGCAGGUCACCGUCACCGUGCCCACCGGCAACAAGCCCGACCCGGGUUUCGAGACGCUGCAGCAGCAGAGCAGCAGCACGGCGUACGUGAUCGGGGGGGUGAUUUCCUUCACUCUGGUGGUGGCCGUUGGCGUGAGAGUUGCCUUCAGCAAAGUGGCCCGUCGGCCACGCAACAGGGACAUCAACAUGCCCCGGUCGCUGGUGGACAUCCUGCGGCACCAGUCCAGCCCCGCGCAGCAGGGAGAGCGGAACAACGCCACCGUGCUGACCACCUCCGACGGACGGACCUCCAAAAACCUCUACACCCCCAUCCUGCAGCUGAAGGACAACCGCAAACGCGGAGCCCGUAUGAACAACACCCCUCAGCUCUCUUCCGGCCUCCUCUCGGGCGUUGGGAAGGGCCUGGGAGGUGCUGGAGGCGGCAGCAUCAUGGGAGGCACCAUGAGGCACAACAGCAGCCACCCGUCUUUCUCCCACUCCUUCCACAACCUGGCCCAGCUGCCGCCGUCCUACGAGGCCGUCAUGAAACCUGAGAUGAACCGCUACAGCUCCCUGAAGAAGCUGGAGAAAGAACUGGAUGAGUACUCCAACUACUACUCCACAAAGCGUCGCUCCAACAAUGCUGCGCCCUCCUUCCACUCCUCCCAGCACCACCUGCCCUGGGGCGGGGACUACACGCUGGGGUCCAGGGGCACCCUGCCUCUGCACGGCUCCAGGCCACACCUGCACAUGCCCGCCGCCACCCCCAACCCCUACCCGCUGCCCUCCCAGCCCCCCUACGCCAGCUCCACCUUCGACAGGCCGCCGCGCCGCGUCCGCUCCCAGGACCAGCUGCUGGCCCUGGGGGAGGGCAACACCCUGUCCCGCCUGUCCAAGAACCAGCAGCACCAGUACUACAAAGCAACCAUGAGCACCAGCAGGAGCACCACGUCCCAGACGCUCCGCAGGUCCCACGAAAGGCUGCUGGUCUCCCCGGACCGCCUGGAGGACCGGCUGAUGACCAUGGGCAUGAUGGCCGGAGCCGGAGGAGUGGACAGGGGAGCGGGAAGCGGGAUGGUGCCCACCAUGGGCCGGCUCAGCCACCACCAGAAGGCCCAGUCCCAGCAGAACAUCUGCGUCACGCCCUCCCUGGACCGCCACCACAUGAUCAAGAUGAACUCCCACCCGACGCCCGGCCACGACCACGAGCGCGGCCCCGCUGGCGUGCCCAGCAUGGGCGUGCCCAUGCACGGCAUGGGCGUGCAUGGCGGCUGGGACCCCCACGGGGCCCACAGCGGGACUAUCGGGGGCCACCCCAGCGCCCGGCGGAUGGCUUUUGCCAGCAAGAGGCAGAACACCAUCGAACAGCUGCACUUCCUCCCCGGGGGGGGAGGAGGAGCAGGAGCAGGAGGAGGACAGGGACUGCGGACUGGGAGUAAGAACGAGGUGACCGUGUGAGAGGAGGAGAAACGGAGGCAGAGAAGAACUGAUGAAGGACAGAAGUUGGUGAAGAAGCUGAGGCUGCGUUGGCUUUCGAGGGGAAAGUGAGGAGCCGGGCAGGAAAAGGCUCAGACCCCAGCCGGCUGCCUCACAGGGGCCACAGUCAGCCCCCCCCCCUUAAAACACUCAAACACGGUGCAUGACACCUUUAUUCUCGUAGUGAGUAAAGCCAGCCGAUUCUCUCCUUUCACUCUGUUUUAAAAGAGAAUAUUCAGCCAUUCUUUAGAGAGGGGAGGUCGAGCGCCCUUGUAAAAAGAGCAAAAAAUGCAGCUGGGAGGCUGCUGGGUAUUCGCUGUGACUUUUAUUGAAGGAUAUCCGUCGAGUUGUUGAGUUGUCCUUGAGUUUUAUUGCGCCGUCGUCGAGCGCUCUGACAGACACUCGUCUGUCUUUGAAUCCUCCGAGGAUGAUGGAGAGCGCCGAGCCGGAGGCGGGCAAGUUUGCUUGUUGUUGUAUUUAUAAAGUUAUUUAAAACCAAACAAGUUACUUUUAUAUGAAGCUAACUUGCUAUCGAUGAUAUUAGCGGUACUGAGCCCUGUAGGAUUUUGUGUAUUCUUAGCCGAAAACGUAUUUAACUCUUAAGCCAAGCCGGUUUGUGGGUGAAGGGCUCGACGUCCGAUCGGCCCGUCGUCGCUUUUCUCUUGUCGUGGUCGGACUAUCAAAAAAAGCAAGAACGCUCGAGAUGAAGAUUCGGUGGGUUCACGGCUCUGUUUACUUUCAAAUUUAGGUCAGAAAUGACCAGCUGAGGAUCAAACCCAUACCUCCGUCGGGCCCAGUCACACCAGCUCUGCGCAGAGAAAGCCGCCAGGUCCAGUUUCCUGUCCCACUGAUGCAUCUAGCAGGCCCAGCUUCGUAUGGAGGAGGCCGUUUGUAGCUUAUUGGCAUUUGUCUCGUCCUCCAAAGUGAACAAAGAAAGGGUGAAAUACCUGAAAAAUGUGCGACUGACCUGCUAACUAAUCAGACUGCAGAUGCCAGCCCCACAUCUCAGGCCUGAGCAUAAAAAAAGAGAUUAUUCUCUCUGUUUCUUCCGUUUUUUGGCCCUGAAAAUCCACCGUCAGGUCGGAGGAUUUGCGGGAAAAAUGGACUUUGUUUAAAAAAACGAUAGGUUGCUUUGGAAAGAAAAUGCUUGUACAUCAACUUUGAUGAGCAAACCCAGAUGUUUGCAGCUGUUUUGUGUGUUUGCGCGUGUUUCUCAGAGCGUUUACUUUCCCUGAGAACCGCAGUCCUCUGUGUUCCUGCUGUGCCUGGGCCUCCAAAGUGACAUUUACCAGGUAGUUUGACUCGUUUUAGCCAACUUGAAGCCUUGUAAAGUGAAUUUUUAGCGAGCGCGGUCACCUGCGGAAACACGGCGCCUCGUUUGGAGCGGCGCCCCGUCGAGAGGAGCCAAACCGGUGGACACCAUGGCAGCGUUUGGGCCGGCUCGGAGGAGGUCGGGGGCUUUCCUCCCGCCUCCAGCCGCCGCCCAGCUCACCCUCCCGCACGUCCGCCACGCCACGCGCUACCUGCAAGUCCAGCUGCUCGCCUCGCUUAAAGGGCCGGGGGGCGGUGGUGGUGAGGUGCGCGAGGACCCGUCAGACGUCUGA